AUGGCCGCAUCGACAAAGUUCCCCGAAGUACAGGGCGGCGGUAGUCUGAUUCUUGCCUGGCAGGUCAAGAACAAGAAUGUCCUCGUUGUCGGCGGCGGCGAGGUCGCCGCAGGACGCAUCCUCAACGUCCUGAACGCCGAUGCCAAAGUCACAUUGGUAUGCCCUGCCUCGGGCCUCAACCCCGAAGUAGCCUACCGUGUCGAGCAAGGCCAAGUCACCCACAUCGAUCGCGUGUUCGAAUCCAGCGACCUCGAUGGAGCCGAUAUGGUCAUGACGGCCAUCGACGACCCUGCAGCAUCGACUGUGAUCUGGAAGCUCUGCAAGGAGCGCAAGAUUCCCGCCAAUAUUGCAGAUGUCCCGCCUGAAUGCGACUUUUACUUCGGCAGCGUCCACCGCGAUGGGCCUCUCCAGAUCAUGGUCAGCACGAACGGCAAGGGCCCUAGGUUGGCCGCCAUUAUUCGGAAGCAGAUUGCGAAAUCCCUGCCCAAGAAUGCAGGCAAUGCCAUUGAGGCGAUCGGGCAGCUGCGUCAGAAGCUGAGAAAGAUUGCCCCGAACCCAGAGGCAAGCCCGAAGAGGAUGGGAUGGAUGAUCAAAGUUAGCAAUGCCUAUGGCUGGGAAGACAUCUGCGAUUUCACGGAUGAGGACAUGGAGAACCUACUUACCUACUACGCGGACAACAAGGUCCCUACAGUGGAUGAUCUCCAGGCCAUGCGGCGCCAUCCUGAGCCAUCCAAAAUCGACAUAUUCGACGGAUCUUUUGGCUUUUGCGUCGGAGCAUGA